AUGAUUAAUAUUGAAACUGAAUAGGAUGCAUUAAUAUUCAGAAAUUAAGAAUUAAUUAUUUUUUAUUCUUAUAAAUAAAUUCAAAUUAAACUAAAAAUUAUUUAAUUAAAUGAGCAUUUAAAUAUUCCAAAAAGAACAUGGUUAUCACUUAUUUAAUUAUUAAAAAGUCAGUUUUAGAAAAGGGGUGCUUACGAUUAAUUUAAACCUCUAUAAUAUUGCAGAACUUCUUAUAGAUUUGAAAUGAUUAUAAAAGUUGUAAUUAUAGCAACGAGAAAUUGA